AUGAGUGUCGAUUCAAAUAGUGGAAAAGAUAAAGAAAAAAUUUUUCCAUCGUUUACUGAACUUCGUAUUUAUCCAUCAUUUACUGAAAUUCGAGAAAAAUUCAAUGCACCACAAAAUUUUAAAAUGUAUUUUCCACGUGAAGUAUAUGAUCAAAUUGUAAAUGGAAGUCUUAGUGUUGAAGGAAUUCCAGUAAAUAGUCAAAAUAGUGUAACUAAAGCGAAUAAUUUAGAAAAUCAAACUGUUUUUGUUCGUCGUCCACGUGAAGAACCAAUUGAAUGUUUAGUUAUUCGACCAAAUGAUUUAUUAUUAAAAGAUGUUAACACAGGUCGAUAUAUUCGUGCUCAACAUCAUGAACUUGAAUAUGUUAAUAUUCCAGAAGAAGAAGGUCAAGAAGUUACUUUUGCUUUAAAACAAUCAGGAGAUGCAACACUUUCAUAUCUUAUUCAUGGAAUAACAUGGUCACCUCGAUAUAAUUUAAAAGUUGAAUCUGACAGUCAUCAAUUUGAAGCUUGGGCUGAUAUGACAAAUAAUACAAAACGUGAUUAUAAAAUAAAACAUACGGAAUUAUUUGGUGGUGAUGUUCAUCUUCAAGAAUCUGGACAAACUUCUCGGAAUUUUGGAGCUCGUUGUUAUUGUAUGCAAGAAUGUUGUUGUUCUGCUGCACCAGCAGCUCCAACAAUUGUAUCAGAAGGAGAAUUAGCAGGUCUUUAUUGGUAUUCAAUUGAUCAACCAUUUGUUCUUAUUCAACAAUCAACAUUUUCACUUCCAUUUGUUAAACCAAAUAUAAAAUUAGAAAAAUAUGCUGGUUUACAAUAUUAUUUUCAAGAAAGAACAGAAAAAGGAAAAUUUCAAAGAAAAUAUCGAAUUGAAUCAGAUAAAUUUUUACCUAAAGGUACAGUUACUAUUCGAGAAGAUGGAAGAGUUGUUGGACAAGCACAUUUAUGCGAUAUAUCACAAGGUGAAAAACAAGAUUUAGAUUGUGGAAAUGAUCCUGAUGUUAGUUUUAUACGUGAUGUUAAAGUUUCAUCACAAAAACGUGAUUCAGCUUUAUAUUUAAUUCGUUUAACAAUUAAAAAUUCUAAAACAAAAUCAAUUAAAUAUGAAUAUAAAGAAAUAAUAUCUUCAGCUAAAUUUACAAUAACUCCUCAAAAUGAUACUCAACAAUUAAAUAAUAAUAUUCAAUUAAUUAGUGAAGGUUUUCAAAUACUUAAUCAAGAAUUAAAAGCAAAUAGUGAACAAACUUUUCAAUAUGAAGUUUUACUUGAAUAUAGAAACACUCAAGAACAAUGUUCAACAGUUUAUCAAAAUGAUGCUGAUUAA